UUUCUAUGGCCUACAAACGUCCCAAAUAGGUUGUUAACGUGAGUUUUUUGUGACUUUUUGCCUGAGAAAGUCAAUUUUUUCGCUUCUUCAUUCGAAGCUCCGUGUCGUCGAUAGUUUCGGAAUUUUUGGAAAAUUGCUCACUUUUAAGCAUUUCAUAAAACAUUCUUAAAACGUAAAUAUCAAGUACAUGAUCAGCUUUUAGCAAAAUUAAGUGAAUUAGCGAAUAUCUGAAUCACAAUUCGCAUGUUGAUAUUUAUCAAGUAUCAUUCCAUUGAUAUGGCGGGUGUUUUUCCGUUGCCAUGAACCAAAAUUAUCUAUUUAUACAAGCAGGAACGUUUCGUUAGGUCGAUAAGGAGCAUUACGCAAUUGUCCUCAUUAUUGCGACAACAUUCGAUAGCAUUUGAUCUAAAUACUGCGAACGAAUCAUAGCCAAGGCGCUAAUAAUUGACUGUGAAACGUUUCAAAUUUCCCGCGAGUUAACCCAAGCUGAUCCUGACGUCUUCGUUGUCAAAACAAACCGGCUGAUUUGUCCACGUGAACUACGCAUACAAAUCUCGAAGGCCUCAUUAUUUAUUUUGGUUUCGCGCAUUUCCCUGGGUGUUUCUUCAGUGUUUGCACUAUUUUUAGGCAAGGAUUACGUGGUGUUUUUGUAAUGGCAAGUUCAUUCGACCGGCUUAAAGAAUUAGAUUUGUCCCGAGACGAAGUGAACCGACUAGGCGAAGCCCUCAGAAACGAAGAAUUCCGUAAGUUGCUGGGCGACUACGUUGACGAAAUUCAAGAUCCGAAAAAUCGACAAAUCUAUGAGGAGGAAGUGAAAAACUUGGAGAAAGAAAGGGGUCAGGAAGUGACGUUUUUACAUCCUACACCAGGUUAUGUCAUAAAAACCAGCGUGAACGGAAGUGGCAAAGGAUUUAUCAAUAUCUGCUCCAACACCAACAUAGCUAAGCCCUCCUCUUCCCCAACGGUGAAGGAUGGAACUAAGGGGCUUCAAUGGUCUCUUCCUCAUUCGCUCUCACCUCCUCACGAGGACGUUGAUAACAGAGGAGCUCGCUGUCAGGUCUACGAUGUGCUCUUUCACCCCAACACGUUGCACCUUGCCAGUAAAAACGGCGACUUUCGCUCAAUGGUUAAUAACGUAGCCCUUGAAGCAGUGGAGCACAGCUUCAAUGUGACGUUGGACAAGAAAAACCUUAAGCACCCCAAAAUGUCUUUCAAGGGCCUGCAACGGGCCAGCAUUUUGCGCAGACCUACAUCAGAAAAACCCACUGAAAAGACCCCCGAAGAGCAGGCAUUAUUCGAUAAAAUCUAUUCAGAAAUCGACUCUCAGCGGCCGAAAAAGACCUCAACCAAAUCGAGAAGUCGACGAAAUAGUCAUGAAAACCCCAUUUAUACCACACCGAAAUACGUAAUCAAACACAGCACUCACAUAGAUAUGCAAGACUUCACCGAACACAAAAAUGCCAAACUCAAUGCCGCCAUCCCCAAACAGCUUAUUGUGGAAAUCAAUCUUCCACUCCUUCGAGCAUCCAGCGAUAUGGAGCUGGAUGUGACUGAGAAAACUGUCCAUCUAGUAAGCGAAAAACCUGCAAAGUACAAACUGAACCUCACCCUUCCAUAUCAAGUAAGUGAAACCAGUGGUACUGCCAAGUUUGAUAAAGAUCAAAAGAAACUUGUGAUAACAUUGCCGGUUCAAAGAACUGCAUUCGAACCUACAAGGGACGACAGUGGUGUGGAAAGUUGCGUCGAAAGCGACCUGAAUAGCCCAACAAGCUUUGAAUCGGACGAAGAAGAGCCAUCAGUGAAACCUAGUGAAAAGACCGAUGCUUCUAGUGAUAAGACAGUGAAAACCCAAGCAGUUGACGAUGACUUCCUCAACAGCAGUGAUCUCUACAACUUACCUGAAUUUACUUGUAACGUAUUUGAUAGCACGGUUGCUUUUACUUUUAAUGUUAAAAAUGUGGAUGAAGCCACAGUGUGCAAACAAACUAUCUAUGAAAAAUCGAUAGUUAAAGUUAAAUUUACUAAUGUUAGUUCUAGUUUUUACCCCACAUCUUAUGCCUUCUACGUGCAGUUUCCUCAGCAUGAGAUCAAGGAGGACGGCACAACCAUUGAGACCUGGGACAAUAACGUGAUUCUUCAAAUCCCCUUGAAGGCUAGUGAAAGCAAAUUAAUCUCGUACCUGUAUGGUAUGGAUGAGGCGAAAUUGAGUAAAAAGUUUAUCGAAGAACCCAUAAUAAUCAGCACCAUUCAUGAGCACCCAGAGCUGCAGGAAAAACCACCAACUGAAAAUCAUGCAGUGAAAGAAAACUUCCCAAAGAAGGAAAAACCUCCACAGAACCCCCAGCUUUUAAAAUCGACUUCUGCUAUUGACAUUCUGACUUCAUAUGAGUCUAGUGGCGAUGAAUUAAGCGCAAGCAGCUUUUCGCCAAGGAAAAGCAAAGGAAUUCUCAAGCGACUAUCAGGAAGUAGAUCGAAAUUCGGGCGAAGUGUUUCGGAGUCCAGUCUGGACGAUUUUAUUUGCUCAUCGUUCGAAAACUACCAAGGCAGUAUUGAAUGCGUCCCGGAAGAUUCAAGGGAGGAAGACGAAAUGUCUUCCAGCUUCAAGAAAACCGUUCGCUUCAACGAUGUGGUAGUCAAGCAGUUGUUUCGGUCCAAUUCCAGCAUCCUGGGCCAGAAGAAGAAGAACCAACGAAAAGCGCGCAACAAGAAACGAUCGCACGACCGUCGCAAUAGUGAAAGCGAAAGUUCCGACGUCGAAAUCAAGAAGGAGGGAGAUGAGCAGACUAUUGGGAGCAGAGGAGGGAAUCCAGAGCUUCGCCCUCCAGGCUCGGAUAGCGACAAGAAGGAAUACGGCGGCAUUUUCCACUUGGAGAUGAAUAAUUAAGCAGUCUGUUUGAUUUAACUGCACUGGUCAAUUUUUUAUUCGCGCACUACUAUUAGCAAUAUAAUGGGUUUUAGAGGA